CCAGAACAGCGGGCAAUGACUGCAUUUGUUUUAGCGGUAAUUGUUGAUGGGCACAGGCGAGGCCAGGAAGCAUGCAUCGAAGCUAAUUUAAUCCACGUCUGUUUAAAGCAUCUCCAGAGUUCAACACCAAAUGAUGGACAAACUGAGCCGCUAUUUCUUCAAUGGCUUUGUCUUUGUCUUGGAAAACUGUGGGAAGACUACAUAGAUGCUCAAAUCAUAGGAUUGCAGGCUGAUGCCCCUGCUGUGUUUAGUUCUUUAUUGGCUGAGCCUCAACCAGAGGUUAGGGCGUCAGCAAUUUUUGCACUGGGUACUCUACUUGAUGUAGGGAGUGACUCGUCUAGAGAUGGUGUUGUCGAUGAUGAUUGUGAUGAUGAUGAAAAAAUUAGGGCUGAAACCAGUAUUGUUGGAAGUCUCUUAAGUGUUGUUUCGGAUGGAAGUCCACUUGUUAGGGCUGAGGUUGCUGUUGCUCUUGCUCGCUUUGCCUUUGGCCACAACAAGCACCUUAAGUCCAUUGCUGCAGCAUAUUGGAAGCCUCACUGUAAUUCUUUAUUAAGUUCUCUACCCUCUUUGGCUCAUAUAAGAAGUUCAGGCACUGCCUAUACCAAUUCAAAUCAGCACAUGCCUCAUGGAAGCAUUGUAUCCUCCCAAAUCGGUCCGUUGUUGAGAUUUGGAAAUGAAAACUCAACUUUAGUUAGAGAUGGAAGGGUUUCCACCAGUAGUCCUCUUGCCAACACGGGAAUGAUGCAUGGAUCUCCACUUUCAGAUGAUUCAUCUCAGCAUUCAGAUUCAGGAGUUUUACAUGAAGAUGCAGUGAGCAAUGGGACCGAUUGCGAUGGAAAUAUCCGUAUUUGGAAGGAUUACACUCUAAAAGGAAAGCAGAAGCUUGUAACUGCUUUCUCGGCAAUCCAGGGGCACAAACCUGGUGUUCGUAGUAUAAAUGCUGUUGUGGACUGGCAACAACAGUCUGGAUAUCUGUAUGCUUCUGGUGAGAUAUCGUCUAUUAUGCUAUGGGACCUAGACAAGGAGCAGCUCGUUAAAUCUAUUCCUUCAUCAUCAGAUUGCAGCAUCUCAGCAUUGGCUUGUCUGCACAAUGCGCCCACAUGUGCAAAAAGUAGAAAAGGUUGUGGGGAUUGGCUUUCAACCCGGACUUGAUUCGUCGAAGAUUGUCAGUGCCUCUCAGGCUGGUGAUAUUCAAUUUCUGGAUAUCAGAAAUCAGAGGGAUCGGUAUCUAACCAUCGAUGCUCACAGAGGUUCACUUACAGCAUUAGCCGUUCAUAGACAUGCUCCUAUCUUAGCUAGCGGUUCAGCCAAACAGUUAAUUAAGGUCUUCAGCCUAGAUGGCGAUCAACUAGGCACAAUUAGAUACCAUCAACAAGCGUGUUUUCAUUGUUGGUGGAAUCAGACUUGAAUAAUAUGGGAUUUAUGUGCUUUAAGAUAUGAAUGGGAUUUAUUGUUGCUUUAAGAUAUGAAUGGGAUUUAUGUGCAAGUGCUAAUAGCAUUUUCAUUGUUGGUGGAAUCAGACUUGAAUAAUAUGGUUUCCUACGUAAUGUGACUUGUAGUUUCAA